CAUUCAACAAGGACUCUGUAGAGGGAGGACAUAUCUGUGACUAUAGAAGGUUGGUCUUCCGGAGGAAAAUAAAUCAAAUGAUGAGAGCGCUUGCCUGCCUACUCCUCCUGUGCUGUGCCUGUCGGCUGGGGACAGCAGGAACGAGGGUGGUGCUGAGUCCCCUGGACACUGAGGGCAGCGUGAGUGCCCGCGUGGGAGGCGCGGUGUCCUUGAACUGCUCAGCGGAGAGCGGAGGCACGUCGGAGGAGCUGGAGUGGCACCGCGAUGGCCAGUUGGUCAGGCUGGACCCCCACAACCACUUCAGUCCCAGCAGACUGUGCGUGCAGAACGUGACCAUGGACGACCACCAGGUCACCUACACCUGCCACCUGAAGAAGAACCCUGCUGUGGCGGCCUCGGUGGAGAUCAAAGUGCACUUUCCCCCUGACCUGUCAGGCAUCGAGUACGUCAAGGUGCAGGAGACCAAGGAUGUGUCGCUGCGCUGCUCAGUGUGGGCCUUCCCGCAGGUGGCGGUGACCUGGCUACGGGACGGCCAGCCGCUGUACCUGGUGGCCCACAGGUACACUCUCUACCAGGACAGCAGGGAGGCCCGGCUCACCAUCACCGGGGUCAAGCGGGAGACACACCAGGCCCAGUACAGCUGCGUGACCCGUUCCUGGGAGUUCGGCGAGAGGUCCAAGCUGUUCCACCUCCUCGUUGAAGAUAAGACGAUGGACUUCCCGCUGUGGCCGAUGGUUGCUGCAGGUGUGGUGGUGGUGCUCACCGCUCUCCUGGCCCUAGUGUCCAGGUGGAACAAAGUCUCAAAGUGUUGGAAAUAAGAGAUGUCAACUUUCAAUCGGGAGCAUGCCUGUGGAUCAUGCUUGAAAUUCAUAUGAAAUUUGUAUCUUUUUUUUAUCACUUUUUGGUACUUUUAAAAUAAUGCAUGAGAUUUGUGAUAAAUAAGAUUAUAAAUAAAUAAAUGAA